AUGGGUAGUAUUCGCUUGGUACAUAAGCUAUAUCAGUACUAUCAACUAUCCACGAGCUUUUUGUAUGCGGCGUUAUUGGCAAGGUGGUUGAUACUGAUGCCCUUGGUGGGGUCUCGGUUCUUACCGGGAGGGAUUCACGAAUUCCUAAUAUAUUUGGUUCUUUGCUCGAGCGUCGUGGAAACGCUUUGGCUGCUCAAAUUUUAUGGAUUCAGGAAUGGUUUAUAUUCAAGAACUUUUUUGAAGGACCUAAAUUUUAUCUACCUAGUCAGAGUGAUCCAUUUCUAUGACGAUUAUGAGCACGCAUUGGUUCUGAAAAAUGCAUCAUAUUCCAGUUUCAUCAUCUGCUUGUCUCUAUCACAAGCAUACUGUCAUUGGUGCAAGCUUUUCAAACGUAAAGGUGUGAAGGAAAGGACAUUAGUUUGGAGGGCUAAUACAUUUAUCACGUUGCCGAUUCUGUACUUGAGUGAAUUCGCAUUACUAAUACUGAACAUUCAAGUCAAAAACUAUCAUUCUACUCCGACCUUGGAUAUAAUUAAUAGGGCAGUUUUACUAGCAUACUUCCCUAUACUAUUAACUGCAUACAAAAAACUAUUAUCUAAGUAA